AACCGUCAUUGGAACUUACAAGAAAGAGGAGCUUACCGCUGUGGAAGCGUUGACCGGUCUCAGAAUGUAGCGUAAACGCAGUCGGGUUGUAAAAGCAUGAAAAGACACAAACCUGAAAAUAAUCAACACAAUAUCAAAAAUUGUUAAACAGGAUUUAGCGGGAACCAUUUUUUGAUGGUAUUCAUGUUUUGGGAAAACAAAGCGUCAUUCGAUUUACAUGAUUUAACUGGAAAUUCGUCUGCUACAGUUGUGGAAGCGUUGACCGCGGUAUCGGAAUGUGUGGCGCAAACGCAGUCCGGUUGUAGCAGAACUAAGGUCGAAAAAAGUUUGCUUACGGUCGAAGAGCGGUAAUCAAGACCUAACGGAAACGAACAAAAAGUUUGGCAGAGUCCGAGAGAGCCUUUCGGACUGGUAUUCCAAGUAAUUAAAUGAUCGCAUUCAUAAUUUGAUUUCACUAAAUCAUUCUCUUUUUUCCUUUCGUUUUACAGAUAAUUCACCUUGAAAGAGGCGUCAUGGCUUCGUCUAUAACCCAUUUGGAUUUCACAUAAAACUGCCAUUUCUUAAAUACUUCAAAAUGUACGGGUUACUUAUAGAAAGUGUGUGCGAGUUCAUCAAGGAGAAGUUCGGCGAGGAUAACUGGCUGCGGAUCAAAGAGAAGUCGAGGGUCCACGAGUACACCUUUGUUACACACAGAAUGUACAGUGAGAAGAUCAUCCCUCGGCUUGGACAAGCGGUCCAGGACGUUACAGGGUACAGCAAAGAACAGUUCAUGGAUGAGACUGGUGUCCAGUUUGUCAAGUUUCUCAACAAGUACGAGUAUGACAGAAUGCUGAGAGUACUCGGUAGAAGCCUUCGAGACUUCCUCAACGGCCUGGACAACCUACACGAGUACCUGCGCUUCAGUUACCCCAAGAUGAAGCCUCCGAGCUUCUUCUGCACCGAUGAGAGCCUUGAGGGCCUCACCUUGCAUUACAGGACGAAGCGCAAAGGCUACACCCAUUACGUCAAGGGACAACUUCGACAGGUGGCUAAACAGUUCUACAACCAGGAAGUUUCUGUGAUUAUAGUCGAAGAGAAACAGUCGUCAAAAGAUACCUUCUAUGUUAAAUUUAGGAUUAACUUUGACAACAAGGAGUACACGGAGAGGGUGCGGCUUUCCAGUGUGAUGAAUGGACAUGCUCAACUGCGGGCAAACCUUUUCUUUGAUGUCUUUCCUUUCCACAUAGUCUUUGGCAACGACAUGAAAAUACGGAAUUCAGGUAAGUCCAUUCCUACCUAUUCAUCUUUCAAGCGGGAAGAUUCAUUCAAUCGCAUAUAUGUUGAAUUUUAAUUUUAAUUUAAAUUGCAUCACAAUGGUCCAUCACUUAUGCGAUACACGGCAGACCGGAAAGAUAGAUCGACCUAUGAUGAUGAUAGUGGAGUCAUAAAAUUGCAUUCGAGAUUCUUCUUGCAUAAUCAUAAUGACCAGGGACGUGGGGAGUUAUAAGUAUGAUAAGUGCCAUCAUACUGGUUCUUACGAUAAUGGCGAUCGCUUUGCAAUGACAAAGGUGCUUUCGAGAGAGUGAGUUGACUAUGCUGAGAUAAAUGCUGCUGGAGGGUCAGACGUCGGUUUUUCGUGAAUUUUACGUGAAGAUUGAUUUUGUUUUGAUGACUUCAAAAAAUUAAGUUCUUCACUUCACAGUUCGUAUCCAUUUUAGUUUUUUAUGUUGAAGUGUUUUUAAAAUCAGUGAAAUAUUGACCCCUUAAUAAAAAGAGAAUAGUUUAAAUUGAAUUUAUUGCAUGUACAUGAACUGUAUAUACAUGUGUUACCUUUUGCAAGUAAUCCCCGAAUCACUUCGAAAUUAGUUAAGAUGCAUUUGAAAUUGACAUUAAAUAUCAUCUUUUGUUUGGAAUCAAAAUAAAGUAUUUUGAGCCGAUCAAAUCUAACGAAAUGUUUCCCAAUUUUGUCACAAAAUACGAUGUGAGAAACAAAUGAUUCCUGUAUUUCUUACCAGCAACAAAUCACAGAAAUGAGAAUCUGGAAAAAAAAGCUGUAUCGAUAAGCCUCCCUUUGCCGAUUAAUCUAAUAAUGUGGAUCCUAUACAGAAAUUUCUUCAAUCUGCAGAGAUGUGCUUUGAGGGACCUGUUCAUAAUUAACCCAUCGGGGAUACUGAUUCUUGAUAAUUGGGAAUCAAGGGCGGUUGAGAGCGUAGAAGCCUGGCACUUUAAUCAAAUCGGUGGCAAUGAAUUUGGCAUCAGAUGAAUGGCAAGAAAGAAUCCUCCGUGCUCAAUUACUGUUGGUAGUGAAUGAUUUUUAGUGUGGUGCCCCAGCCGUGCGAUAUGACAUUGUAUAUUCAAACUUGACGAAAUUAUAAGAAAGACUCGUUCGAUAGUGUCUUUAUUACGUUACUGCCUCUUACCAAUAUAAGGAUGGUCGUUGAUAACACUAACAAGUUUGUUUUUUAGUCGUAUGCCGUUCACGUAAGCAACGGGCCGCAAAUGCACGUUAUGAUACCCUUCUUUAUAUCAUAUGGCAUCCCCCUCCUUCCAUAAGCCUAUACAUGUAUACUAAAACAUAGCUGGCUGUAAUUUCUGAAAUGAUAUAAUUGUUCUAUCAAUGUUUGAUGUCAUUUAAUAUUAUUUAUGAGGAAAACAAUGACGCAUGCUUCGAUUCAAACUUGAGAUAGCACUCAGCUAUUCUUACACAUGCAUGACAUGCCCAAUUGUUGCUCUGUCAAGUCGAUAGUGUUCCAAAUUACACUUUAGUUGUGAUGGCCUCAUCAUGAAAAGUGAACUCAAUGAUCAUGAUGAUCGUUAAUUUAAUUCUUUUACUUAUAGCAGCAAAAGCAUGAACAAAUCUUAUAGAAUCUGGUGAUAGAAUUAAAAGAAUAUUAUUGUAUUUAAAAGCUACGGGAAUAGUGGUUUUAUACAUAUACGUCACUACCAUGAUGCAUCGGACAUGUUAUUUUUUUUGUAUUAUUUUGCUUUUGAAGGAUACAAUCUGUUUGUAUUAUUGUAAAAUAUUUGUAUUUUGCUUAUUUGCUAAAUGAUUCAGUUCUAUGUUAGUUUUUUUAACUGUUAUGUGUUUUUUUUUUCUUAAAUUGCUUUGCAUUUUAGUUUAUUUUAUCUAAUUCUAUUUCAAGUGUGUCCGGGUGGAUAGGGGGUAUACCAUACCCAGGGUAGGACCAUCGUCCCAUUUUGAAAAUUCUCCAUUAAUGUAACUAGUAUACCAAGGAUAAAUGUUUGAUAUGUCUAGGUCGUCAUUUGAUUAAUUAUCUACGUCUACUGCUAAUUACUAAAACCGUGAAGUUGCCCAGACUUAAUGAAAGAGGAUAAUGAGAUCAAAUAGCUCCGCCAUCCCACAUACAUGACAUAGUUAAUGAUAGCUAUUAAUCUCAUUAGCAUGUCUACAUAUACUACCAGACAUGCUGGUCUCAUAAAAUGUAUUAUUAACAUAAUUAAUUGUAUACAAUGGUAUACCAUAACCCGCACCCCCCCCCCCCGUCUCUGUCUCUGUUUCACCCUCCCCCCCCCCCCACUCUCUCUCUCGUGCAAGAACCGCAGAGUUAUUAAUUGCAAAAUAAUGUACUUUAGCAUGUUAACGCAUUAUAUAAAUUAGAAAUCAAUGAUAAAACGUUUUAUUUUUUUGCGAUAAUAUUUUCUUCAUGUUCCCCUUGUUAUUAUUAAAAAACAAAUAUUGGGAGAUAAUAAAAUAAAAGUAAAAGCAAUACAAACGUACUCGUUCUCAUACUUAAGACACAAUAAACUAAUGAAGAAAAAGAAGAGGAAAAAGGAGCAGAAGAACGAAUGACCUGAAUAAUUCGAUUUUUUUUUUUCUGAAACGCAUUUCCAAUGCCACUCUCGACAAAUAAAAAUCUGAUAUAUACAGUACAUGUAAUAUUAAGAUUCCUUAUACGGAAUAAUAUAUUUGUGGUAUCGGCAAAACAUUUUAUUUACAUUUUCCCUCAUUUUCUCCCCACCCUUAAACAUAACAAAAGGGCAUGGUUUUAGGCUGGCCUGGAAAAGGAGGACGGGAAGACCUGUUGCUAUGAACAAUGGUACUCAAAAGAAUAAUUCACCAAAAUCAUUUUCAAAGUUCAAAUGUGCCAGACGUUGACGAAAAAGCAAAUAGUGAAGUAAAUGAAAGUGAAAAUGUCGACAAAAACAAAAUCAUGACAUAUGCUGGAAUACAAAGAAAAUAAUCAAAAUGGUGAGAGAAGUAACCAGUAGCACAUUCCUUGAAGCUACCAAGCAGUUAUCUCCCA